UCGGAAUGACAAAGGGACAAUGUGCUCCAAGUAGUGCGACUGUCAGUGUCGAAUAGUUCGUGUUAAUGUCUGCUGUUAUUAUUGCAUAGGAACAAAUGCAGGAGUUGCUUACUUGGGCGUGUAUAUGUGGUUAGAGGGAAAUCAACGCUCCCGCUCAAACCGGUAAUUUGAUACAUUUAAAAAAAGAAUUUGAACUUUGAUGUUGGAGUUUACAUGUUCCAGUGUUUCUCCUCGAAAUAGUCAUUCGUCGCUUGGUGUACAAUGUAGCGUCAUUUGUGUAUUAGCCUACCUACAUGAAUGUAACAUGAUAUUUAGUUCGAUAUGACUAAUGUGACUGAAAGUAAAAGCGUAGAAUGGCUCCAACUCGAGUUGGAAUCCGGGGAAAGUUCGCUGCUUUUGUUGGACUGCCGAUCGCACGAGCUUUACGAAUCAUCCCACAUAGAAACGGCGAUCAAUCUGGCAAUUCCAGCAUUGAUGCUGCGAAGGUUUAAGAAGGGCAACAUACCCAUCCGAACUAUCAUACCGAACCACGAAGACAAGGAGAAAUUCGUUAGACGUUGCAAUACAGAUACAGCGAUUCUGUACGAUGAGUGCACUGUGGACUGGCAGGAUGGGGCCACUGGCUCGGUUCUGGGACUACUUCUUCAGAAACUAUGGGACGACGGAUGUAAAGCAUAUUACUUGGAAGGGGGAUUUGGGAAGUUUCAGACCGAGUACCCAGAGCACUGUGAAACCCUCCUGGACAGCUCCUGUCCCAGCUCCUCUCCCCCGCUCUCCGUCCUAGGCUUCAGAAGUCUCCGGAUCAGUUCCGACCUCUCAGAUGGUGAAUCGGACCGUGAGCCGAGCAGCGCCACCGAGUCUGAGGAGAGCCCCCUUCCCAACAUCCAACCUGCCUUCCCAGUCCAGAUCCUCCCCUUCCUUUACCUGGGCUGUGCCAAAGACUCCACCAACCUGGACGUGCUGGGCCAGUACAAUAUCAAGUACAUCCUGAACGUCACGCCUAAUCUCCCCAACAUGUUUGAACAUGACGGCCUCUUUACGUACAAGCAGAUCCCCAUCUCGGACCACUGGAGUCAGAACUUGUCCCAGUUCUUUCCAGAGGCCAUAUCCUUCAUCGAUGAGGCUCGGUCCAAGCAGUGUGGCGUCCUGGUACACUGUCUGGCUGGUAUCAGCCGCUCUGUGACCGUUACCGUGGCCUACUUGAUGCAGAGGCUCAACCUAUCCCUCAAUGACGCCUAUGACUUUGUCAAGAGGAAGAAGUCCAACAUCUCCCCCAACUUCAACUUCAUGGGCCAGCUGCUGGACUUCGAGAGGACACUGGGGCUGCACAGCCCGUGUGACAACCGCUCCUCAUCCAAUGAGCAGCUCUACUUCACCACGCCGACCAAUCACAACGUGUUCCAGUUGGACACUCUGGAGUCGACGUGAGGAGACGGAGAAGGCAGGGUUUGGCGGCCAUGUUGCUUCAUCAGUGUCUACAUGGUCUUUUGUAGCCUGUCAGGAAAAGGAAAAGAGUCCUGGAAAUGCAGCUGGUAGAGAGAGACUGAGGAGGCUCACCUGUCGUGCAAGUGAUUUAAGUAUGGAUUUUUAUAGCCCACGGUGCUCCCCAGUAUGCUUUUAAAAAGUACAUACUUUGUUUGGUCCACGCUCUGAUGCCUUAUCGUCUAUAAUAGUGAAUGAUGGUAUGGUUAUUGCAGGAAAUGUCAUCAUUAUGAGCUAACUCUAAGAUGGUUUAACUGUUAUUUCAUAUUCUCCAGCUGUCAUGUGGAUGUGUCAGUUGUUUUCCUAACAAAUGUGGCUGAUGCGUUGGUCUGAAGGAAGAGGUUGGCCAUGGAGAAUGGGAAUCAAUGUUUUCUGGGACCAAACAGAGAUUUUUUUUGAAUGGUACUUUUGCUGAGGAAAUGGGGCUACUUUAAGUUGGCCUUGAAGACUAACGUUCCUGUUGAUGAGUGUAACAUUCCUAUUGAUGACUGUAACGUUCCUGUUGAUGACUAACGUUCCUGUUGAUGACUGUAACGUUCCUGUUGAUGACUAACGUUCCUGUUGAUGACUGUACCGUUCCUGUUGAUGGCUGUAAACGUUCCUGUUGAUUACUAACGUUCCUGUUGAUGACUGUAACGUUCCUGUUGAUGACUAACGUUCCUGUUGAUGACUGUAACGUUCCUGUUGAUGACUGUAACGUUCCUGUUGAUGACAAACGUUCCUGUUGAUGACUGUAACGUUCCUGUUGAUGACUAACGUUCCUGUUGAUGACUGUACCGUUCCUGUUGAUGGCUGUAAACGUUCCUGUUGAUGGCUGUAAACGUUCCUGUUGAUUACUAACGUUCCUGUUGAUGACUAACGUUCCUGUUGAUGACUAACGUUCCUGUUGAUGACUGUACCGUUCCUGUUGAUGGCUGUAAACGUUCCUGUUGAUGACUGUAACGUUCCUGUUGAUGACUAACGUUCCUGUUGAUGACUGUAACGUUCCUGUUGAUGACUGUAAACGUUCCUGUUGAUGGCUGUAAACGUUCCUGUUGAUUACUAACGUUCCUGUUGAUGACUAACGUUCCUGUUGAUGACUAACGUUCCUGUUGAUGACUGUACCGUUCCUGUUGAUGGCUGUAAACGUUCCUGUUGAUGACUGUAACGUUCCUGUUGAUGACUAACGUUCCUGUUGAUGACUGUAACGUUCCUGUUGAUGACUGUAAACGUUCCUGUUGAUGGCUGUAAACGUUCCUGUUGAUUACUAACGUUCCUGUUGAUGACUAACGUUCCUGUUGAUGACUAACGUUCCUGUUGAUGACUGUACCGUUCCUGUUGAUGGCUGUAAACGUUCCUGUUGAUGACUGUAACGUUCCUGUUGAUGACUAACGUUCCUGUUGAUGACUGUAACGUUCCUGUUGAUGACUGUAACGUUCCUGUUGAUGACUAACGUUCCUGUUGAUGACUGUACCGUUCCUGUUGAUGGCUGUAAACGUUCCUGUUGAUGACUGUAACGUUCCUGUUGAUGACUAACGUUCCUGUUGAUGACUGUAACGUUCCUGUUGAUGACUGUAAACGUUCCUGUUGAUGGCUGUAACCUUCCUGUUGAUGACUAACGUUCCUGUUGAUGGCUGUAACCUUCCUGUUGAUGACUAACGUUCCUGUUGAUGACUGUAACGUUCCUGUUGAGGGCUGUAAACGUUCCUGUUGAUGGCUGUAACCUUCCUGUUGAUGACUAACGUUCCUGUUGAUGACUGUAACGUUCCUGUUGAUGACUGUAACGUUCCUGUUGAUGACUGUAACGUUCCUGUUGAUGGCUGUAACGUUCCUGUUGAUGACUGUAACGUUCCUGUUGAUGACUGUAACGUUCCUGUUGAUGACAAACGUUCCUGUUAAUGACUGUAACGUUCCUGUUGAUUACUAACGUUCCUGUUGAUGGCUGUAACGUUCCUGUUGAUGGCUGUAACGUUCCUGUUGAUGGCUGUAACGCUCCUGUUGAUGGCUGUAAACGUUCCUGUUGAUGGCUGUAAACGUUCCUGUUGAUGGCUGUAACGUUCCUGUUGAUGGCUGUAACGUUCCUGUUGAUGGCUGUAACGUUCCUGUUGAUGGCUGUAACGUUCCUGUUAAUGACUGUAACGUUCCUGUUGAUUACUAACGUUCCUGUUGAUGGCUGUAACGUUCCUGUUGAUGGCUGUAACGUUCCUGUUGAUGACUGUAACGUUCCUGUUGAUGGCUGUAACGUUCCUGUUGAUGACUCUAACGUUCCUGUUGAUUACUAACGUUCCUGUUGAUGACGGUAACGCUCCUGUUGAUUACUGUAACCUUCCUGUUGAUGAUUGUAAUGUUCCUGUUGAUGACUGUAACGUUCCUGUUGAUUACUGUAACGUUCCUGUUGAUUACUGUAACAUUACUGUUGAUGACUGUAACGUUCCUGUUGAUGACUGUAACGUUCCUGUUGAUGACUGUAACGUUCCUGUUGAUGACUGUAACGUUCCUGUUGAUGACUGUAACGUUCCUUUUGAUGACUGUAACGAUCCUUUGGAUGACUAAUGUUCCUGUCGAUGACUAACGUUCCUGUCGAUUACUGUAACAUUCCUAUUGAUGACUAACGUUCCUAUUGAUGACUGUAACGUUCCUGUUGAUGACUAACGUUCCUAUUGAUGACUGUAACGUUCCUGUUGAUGACUGUAACGUUCCUGUUGAUUACUGUAACGUUCCACGUUCCUGUUGAUGACUAACGUUCCUGUUGAUUACUGUAACAUUUCUGUUGAUGACUGUAACGUUACUGUUGAUGACUGUGACAUUCCUGUUGAUGGCUGUAACGUUCCUCUUGAUGACUGUAACGUUCCUGUUGAUGACUGUAACAUUCCUAUUGAUGACUGUAACGAUCCUUUUGAUGACUAAUGUUCCUGUUGAUGACUAACGUUCCUGUUGAUGGCUGUAACGUUCCUGUUGAUGACUGUAACGUUCCUAUUGAGGACUGUAACGUUCCUGUUGAUGGCUGUAACGUUCCUGUUGAGGACUGUAACGUUCCUGUUGAUGACUGUAACGUUCCUGUUGAUGACUGUAACGUUCCUAUUGAUGACUGUAACGUUCCUGUUGAUGACUGUAACGUUCCUAUUGAUGACUGUAACGUUCCUGUUGAUGACUGUUCUAAACGUCUUCAUUUGCAGCUCUCUCUUGACAUCAGAAUGGAGUGAUCUUGGAAAACAGUAGUUGACAAGUGCUACGUUAUUUUCCCUACUUUGCUGUCAUCUUCAGUGUAAACAUUUGAUCAUGUAGGAACCUUUGUUGAACUGAGACAGGUCACCCUCUGCAAAAUGUUAAAGAUGAAACACCUAUAGUUUUGUUUUGUAAAGCUCUUGUAAAUUGUAAUAAUUAUAAUAGCAUUGCAUUGUCUGCAUGUAAUCAAGUUGAAUUUCUGUUCUGUACCUCUUCUGCCUGUUGUUCCUCUGGCCUUUAUCAUACCUUCUAAGUUAACAUAACACUUAACUGUCUUUAACCAAGGACCUGGGUAUAGUAUAGGAUUGUCAUAUGCCGUGCUUGAAAUUCAUGACUUGUAGUUAUGAUCCAUAAUGGACAUUUGAACCUUGUUUAUUAAGUCAUGGAUAAGUCAUGUAUAGACACAAUCUUCAGCCUGCAGCUACUCUUCCUUUAGCAGAACCAUGUUAAGGGAAACAUGCAGUGUGUUUUGAUCCGUUCUGUUGUUGCCAGUAAUGUCUCGGAACGAGUCGGCUCAAAGUUGAAUGUUGUAGUGAAUGAGAGAGAGGGAAUGAAAUGAAACGAGUCAAGAUGAUGCUAAAUGUGUUCUUACCUCACGGAGAGACAUUUUCAGGGAUUUUAUAUAACACAUCUGUAUUUUGUUACAGCCUCUGAAAUACAUCAAAGGGCUGUGUUUAUUUGGUAUGUGUUUGUAAAAUAUGUACAUAAGACUUGCUUGGUAACGGGGGACCUUUUCUCUGAAUCAUGAAGGAUGUGAAGUUAAAUUGACCCAAUUACAGUAUGUAUAGUGUAUGUAAAACUAAAUGUACAAGACAUUUAUGUACAAGUUUAUACAACAAAUAUAUUGUAUAUUUUUUACCUUUAAAUGUG